AUGUCAGAAAACAUUGCGAGUGUCGCCAAUCGGAUCUUUGAGAGGUUGUGCUUGGACUUAUUUGAUUUCCUUGAUCCAGCUGCAUGGCCAGACCACCCCCGUGUAGAUUAUCAUGAGCUUCAGCGACUUCACGAAAAGAUAUCCACAAUCAAAUCUGCAUUCGAUCAUAAGAAGAAGAACAUGCAGACUUGUUUCUCAUAUAUCCAUGGCCUUAACAGUUCUGAACUUGAAGGGAGUAUGCAUGAUCUAGAAGACAAGGUAGAUGAGAUGUUUUCUGAAAGUUUUCGGCGGAGAAAGCUCAUCAAGGUAUGCAAGAUUCACUCCACCGGUAGCUCUCAAAAGCAGCGGCCUACUUUAUCGCUUCCAAAUUAUUUUUGGAGUAAUUUUGAAGAAGCAAUACAUGAUAUCACCGAACUGAUAUCAAGCUGUGUAGAAAGCUCCGCCUUGAGCUUAAUUGAGACAUUUGAGAUAAUUGAAAUAGCUUUCCGUCAAGAAGAUGGUCCUUGUGUCCCGGUCGUUCCUAUAAUCAGUAAACUGGGAGCAGUAAAAACUGCACUUGCUCUAUUCAUACACGGUGGAGCUGCACGGCGUGAACCGGGGUUUGAUACACUAAUACGGGUUUGUGUAUAUGAACUCUUUAACAUGAGAGUACAAGUGAGAGUACAAGAGGUAGCCGAGCUGAACUCCUGGGAAUCAGCUGUACCGACUGAUGAUCUGGAGGGUUUUCUGCAAGAAGCAACAAAGGGGAAAACUUUCGUGCUUGUACUACAUGACCUGAGGAGUGUGGAAGAUGAAACGUAUUGGCGCUGCUUAAAACGAUUGGCGGCGAGGGUUGGUAAAGGGGGCAGCAAGAUAUUCAUCGUUACAAGCAAUGAAGAGGCAGCUGAGAACAUGGGUACGAAGCCUCCAUUUUUCCUGGAUUCUUCUUCAGGAUUUGAUGAAGAACAAUUCAUUAUCACAGUCUGUCGAGAAACAAGAACUCCCGAGCAUGUCCUCUCAAAAUGGUUGGGAUCUGUUCUCACCGGUAAUGAUGAUAGGGCUUGGAAGGUAACGGUCAUAAACACAAUAGUAGAUAUAUUGCAGUUCAAUUAUACAAAAAAUUUUUGGCAGAGCUGGAUUUCUAAGGGUAGUACUCUCAAUGAUGAUGAUCGAUUAGAUGAAAUUGAAAUCGAUCGCUCGCUCUUUCAAAGGUAUGUCGAGCUUCCCUCGUAUUUGAAACAGUGUUUUGAGUACUGUAGACUAUUUCCGAAAGAUUGUGAGAUAGACGUGCACACACUUAUACAUCUUUGGAUGGCACAAGGAUUUAUUACAUUAUUAGAUGAUGACAGCCAAAGUCUAGAGGAUGUAGGUCACAUGUAUUUUGUUGUUUUACUCGAGAAAGGCUUUUUCCAAAAAGUUGAUCAAUCAGAUGAUCAUAUUUUGGAUAGAGCUGUAACAAGAUGCAAAAUGGAUGGUAGUGGGUACAAUCUUUUAAUCAUAAUAGGCGGAAUGAGAUACGUCGUGUUGCAUUCAGGUGACGGAGAUUAUGAUCUUGAUCAUUUUCCAACAACUCAUCAUGUGUCGUUUAAUUUUCAUUUACAUUCGCCACGACAAAUUCCAAGAAGCAUGAAGGAUGAUCCAGAAAUGAUUCGAUCAAUCCUUUUGCCCCGUCAAUCAUUGUUGAAAUAUGAAGAAGGCAUGAUCGAUCCAGAAAAGAUUUUGCACAUUGCUGCAACUCAAUCUAGUAAGGAUUCUCUUCAUUGGAGACCAGGAUUAGUUACUGAUGCAAUCAUUUCAAAAUUUCGGUGGCUGCGCGCACUGGAUCUGCAUGAUUUAGGGAUUAAGGUGGUUCCUCAUUUCAUUGAAGAAUUGAUGCACCUGAGAUACCUUGAUCUUUCAAAAAAUGCAUAUAUGAAGGCCCUGCCUGCUUCUGUCACCAAGCUCGAGUAUUUGCAAACACUGAAGCUCUCCGAUUGCAUUGGACUUGAAGAGUUGCCGAAGGACAUUAAGAAUCUGGUCAAUCUCAGAAGUCUUGAGAUCGACGGGUGCUAUAACUUGACUCACAUGCCUCGGGGUUUGGGUGAGCUGACUAAUCUACAUGUCUUGCCUCAGUUUGUAUUGAACAAGGAGAUGAAGGACUCUAGUUCUGCCUACGGGAAUAGUGGCGGUCUAAACGAACUAGAAAAGCUAAACAACCUGAGAGGAGAGCUUCAAAUUAAGAAUUUGACAACUUCGAAAGAUGCCAAAGCUGCAUAUUUGGGAGCGAAACAAGAUCUUCAAGUCUUAUCACUGGAUUGGGAUGUCGGAGAAACAGGACCAUUUCCUCCAGAAGUCUACGAAAGCCAACUGGAAGAUCUCAAGCCACACUUGGAUCUCAAAGGAUUGACUUUACAUGGCUAUGGGGGUACCAUGUUUCCAACUUGGCUUAACGUCCCGCAAAGAAAUCUAGUCAAACUUUUGUUGCGAAAAUGUUGGGGGUGCAAAUAUCUACCACCAUUCGGUCAACUCGUCAAGCUUAAGGUAUUGAUACUGGAUGAGAUAAGCAACCUGGAAUACAUUGAGGAUGAAUCGAAAACAUAUUUUCCAGCUUUGCAGGAACUCUCGCUCACAGAAAUGCCUAAGCUACGAGGAUGGCGGAAAACUGAAUCAGUUUCAUUGGGGAAUCAAAAGUACUUGCCUUCAUUUCCUUGUCUCUCUAAGUUAGUAAUCGAGAAUUGCCCACAGUUAGAUUCAAUGCCGCUUUUCCCAACUCUAGAAGAAGGGCUAGUUCUGGAGUCGACUUGCUUGAGUCCACUCCACCUCACCAAGAAGCCAGAAUUAGCAUCAUCGUCAACUACUUCACCGCCAUUAGCACUCUCCAAAUUGAAGAAUUUGUCCAUUGCUAGCAUCGACAAGUUUGAUGGCUCCAAAGCUGGUGAAAUUGCGUGGGAUAGCCUCAAGAGCCUUCAAACGUUGAAACUUAAUUCUCUGCCAGAACUGACGACUCUUCCCGAGGGCCUUCAACAAGUCACAACCUUGCAAGAACUCCAUGUUGGUCACUGUGGUCUGAAGAAAAUCCCCGCUUGGAUCGGAAAACUAAAAUUUCUCGAGAAACUUGUGAUUCGUACGUGUCCCAUGUUGGAAACACUGCCUGCAGAAAUUCGCAGCCUCGAAUCCUCAAAAAGAUUGGAGAUUGAUGACUGUCCAAAUUUAUACAGAAGCAGAUUGGCAUACGAUUAA